AUGUCUGCAAAGAAAUUAGGAACACUUGUAGUUAUAGCUGUAAGAGCUAGAAAUUUAAUAUCUCGUGAAGUAUUUGGUAAAGGAAAUCCUUAUGCAACAUUUCGUAUAGGAGAUAAAGAAGAAAAAAUACCACCACAUAAAAAAGGAGGGCAGCGUCCAGAAUGGGAUAAAGAAGUUCGUUUUGAGCUUUUCGAUGUUUCACACCACAAAAAGAUGAUAGUUAAAGUUUUUAGUGAUAAACUUAUUGGAGACACAACUAUUGAUCUAGAUAAAGUCCUCACUAAUGGUGAAUGGGAUGAGUGGCAUGAAAUUAGAUAUCGUAAUAAAUAUGUAGGAGAAAUUCGUCUUGAAAUGACAUUUUACACAACAGGAGAAACUUUUCAACCGUCACAAAUCACAAUAUUAAGAUACCCUGGUGUAUUGCAUCAACAUUUAUUAUAUUUUGCCAAAUAUAUUAUUGAACAAUCAACAAUCCCACUGAUAGACAAUCCACAAAUGACUUUUGAAUGUUGUGAUAUCAAUGAUGUUGCUAGAUCAUGCUGUCACAUACUUUACUGUCCUCCACAAAGGCAUGGAGGGAAGGAAUACAAAAUAACUGGCCCAAACUUACUUACUAUUGAUGAAAUUGGAUCAAAAGCAUCAUUAGGUCUUGGUUGUGAUAUUAAGAUAAAAUUGAUGCCUGUCAAUCAAUUAAAGCAAGUAUUGAUGGACUUGACUGCUGACAAUAAACUAACUGCUUAUUUGUUGGAAUUAUGGGGUUUGCAAGGUUAUUUGGGGAUUUCUCAUAAAUUACAAGUAACAAGAGAUCUUGAACUUAUAACAGGUGGUGGUGGUUCAAACCUAAGAGAAUUCUUUGAAAACAAUAAAAUUGCAUUUAACCAACAAGAAUAA